AUGGCUGGUGUGAGGACGGAUGAGGAUUUAGUUUCGGAGUACCUGGCCCAGAACCGGGAGGUGGCCCAGUGGGUCGACACUUUGAGAGGCUACUGUGAGAACAACAAACAGUGGUUAGCUCGCAGAGAGUUCAUCCUAAGAAACAUGGACGCAUACCCAACAGUGAAACCUGGAGUCUCCAACAGCAGUUUGGACAGGCUGCUGUCCCUCUCCAUGGUCUGGGCUAAUCAUGUUUUCCUUGGCUGCAGCUAUCCUGAGGCAGUCAUGGAGAAGAUCAAGGUGAUGGGUGAAGGAAUAGUUGUCCCAGACCCUCCUCUUCAUAAAACGACACGCACAGAAAAGUGCAGUACCUCAUCAGGAGCUCCCGAUGACAGCUGCGCAAAAAGAGCCAGAUUGGCUCCUAAUGAGCCCGACGGUCGACCGGCAGGGAAAACAUCCAACCGACCUAUGAGUCAGAAAUCCGGGCCGCCUCUGCAGGCGCCGGCCGAGCACCAGCCUUUCUUCAACCGCCUCUACAAGGCUGUGGCUUGGAAGUUGGUGUCGGCGGGGGGCUUCGGGCCCAACUUGGACCAUUUCGAAAUACUUUGUAGCUGCGUGGAGUCCUGCAAACAGACUCUGACGUGCGUCUUCGUGCCGCUUAAGGACAUCACGGGCCUCCCCACGGGUCGCACACAGAAGGAAGGUCACGUGUGCGAAAUUCGUUGCCAGACUGUCUACUUGGGCACCGGCUACGGGCGUGACGAAGCCGCCGCACGAGCCAUGGCUUCCAAGGAGGCCCUGAAAGUGUUUCAAGGUCGAAAAGUGACAGUGAAGAUCGCCAGAAGACGCUACAAAGGGAGGGACGUAGAGGAUUUAUUGUUGUUGGACGAGCAGCCCCGGAAUCAAGGAUUCCCUCCCGCGCUCAGCUACCCUUUUCAGGAGGAGUGUGCAGGGAACCCCUCUUAG